AUGCAUGUCCUUGGCAAGGCGCCGACUGUGUUUCUGUGCACACCUGAAGACUUUGAGGAUGUUCAGAAGACGCAAUAUGAAGCUUUUGGUAAGAAUCCUCUCUUUGUUGAGGCCGCAACUGACGUGCUCGGGCAAGGAGUGUUUGCGAUUAGUGGCCCGUUGUGGUAUCACCAACGCAAGGUCGCGAGUCGCUUAUUCUCGACGCAAAUGAUUCAGCACAAUAUGGACGUGGUGGUGUCGGAGAAAUGUAAACAGCUGAUGAGGAGUCUGGAUCUAGCUAGCUGGCGUGAAAACUCGACGAAUGGUGUGGUGAGGUUGAAGUGGAUGCUGGAUUUGUUCACAAUGGACGUGUUUUGCAAGGUCGGUUUUGGGAUCGAGAUGCAAGGCAUGGAAAGGCAGCCGAUAAUUGCCAUGUUGGAGGCAUUGCAGAGAUCUUCCGCCCGGAUUGUCGGACGUAUCCUAGAGCCCAGUUGGAGCUGGAAGUUCAGACGUUACUUACGUUUUGGCGCUGAGAAGCAGUUUGCGAGCGAUAUGAAGCGUGUGAAUGACAUGCUUUACAAAUUCAUCGCACGUUCAAUGAAAGAAAAGGCUAGUCGUGACGCUGGCAGCCACGAUGACUCGGAUUCUCGAAUGGAUCUUAUCUCGCUACACCUUGAGCAAGAAGCUGCUGAUAACGGAAAGGAUGGAGAGAUACUUCCAAAGAAGUUGCGUGAUUUCCUCGUAAGUUUCUUAGCGGCGGGACAAGAUACCACGGCGACCGCAAUGUCCUGGUUCGUCGUGAUGAUGAAUCGAUACCCGAAGGUACUCGAACGCGUGCGCGAGGAAAUACGCGACAAACUGCCUGAUCUUGCAAACGGUAAACAGCUGGUGCCGAGCCUCCACGAGGCUCAGCUAUCUAGUGUACUUGGAUGCAGCCGUUAG